CCCUUCGGCUGGACGGGCAAUCAUUUCACGUUUUACAACUGACCAGUUCGCGUCGCUCACAAGUAGAAAAAAAAAGUUCGCUCACCAAGUUUCGCGCUCAGCUUUAAGUCGAGUCGAAACCAAACAAACAAACCAACCUUGGAUUACGCAAUAUCUCGCGGAUUUCUAUCAUCGCCUAGUGACAACAAUAAAAACAACAGCAGCAGCACUAUGGUUAUUGCGGCAGUUAGAGAAACGGUGAGCCUGUGCUUACAAAUGCCACCGUUUGAGUACAAGAAGAGCAGUUCUGAAGCAAGUGGUAGUGAAAGCCUAAGUGAAGUGGAGAUAGGACUGGCAGCGAAGCAUGCGUUGCUACUUGCCAAAAUUGAAAACCGGUUGAUAAUGGGCCUAUCUGAUGCGAUUAGCAAUCUCGCCAAAACGCCCGAAGAGUUUCUGUUUUGCUUCAUGGCACCACCCAAACCCGGAGACAGUGCCACCCACAUGCACGAGGUGCUUCUGCAAGCGUUUUGCUUCGAGAACGAUAUUUACAUAAUUAAGGUUGACAGUGCAGAAAAACUAAGUCGACUGCUCGGCUCCAGCACGGUUCAAUCGUGUGCCCUGAUCCAGAAAAAUUGGUCUUCGGACCAUCAAACCGAGGUGCUCUCCAAGGUCGAAGACAAACUCGUAGACUACUGCGAAGAACACUGGGAAGCGCCUGUUAAGCCAAUUAUCAAACUACCGGAGAAGUAGGCCGCGCCAAGGCCAACCGAAGUCAGUGCCAACCUGAUGGAACAAACCUAAAAAUGCGCUAAAUAUCUGCGAAAUGAAGACGGAAGAUUUCCCCAAUCUGGUGGAACUCGUUCGUUCGGUGAUACGAAAUGCAAAUUAGCACAGCCCAUGUGCUAAAACACAAUCAGCAGCCCAGGUCGUGUGCAAAGCUUUAAUCUUUGGGAUUUUCCCCCUGAAGCCGCGCGGAUGAUUGCCGUCGGAUAAUGAAACGAUAGCUGCAGUGCAGCUUCUGAGCGGUGCUCAACGUAUCAUCGACAAAGUUUGUGAUUUUGGCUGUAGUGUAGUCGCGUUGUGUAGAAGAAACAUUAGUAGCAAUUCAAGAUGGUUGCCAAAAAAGUGCUGGUGAAACAGUUUCCUUGGCAAGACCAGUGAUUGGAAAAAUUGUAAAUAUGCUUUACAUUAAAGUGAGUUUUUGUGAGAUUUACAAUAUAGAAUCAACAAAUUGAAACAUGAAAA